AUUCAGGAGCCGAGGUGUUUACAACAGAGGACCAUUGAGCAGUUCUUUCAGAGCCGUCCAAAAGAAAUCUGCAUGUUUCUGAGUGUUUCCUGGAAAGGCUUUGCAGGAGCGUUUGAGAAUGCAACAACCCCCUCCUCCCUUGUUUUUAGCACUUACACAACAAGGUCUUUUUUUUUUUUUUUUUUCGUCUGAAAGCUUGGAGGGAAAUGAGUCGACAUCAGAAGGUUUCUGUUGCAGGAUGAGUAACAUCUGCUGUCUGACCAUGGCUCUGUCUGUCGUCGGCUUUCUGCUGACCCUGGUUUCACUGAGUGCAGCGUCUGCUCCGGACUGCCAGGAGCUGGUCCAGCCUUACAUGCCAGAGGAGCCAGAACAGUUAUUUGGAAAAUGGAUUUAUGUGAUGGGAGCAGGCGAUCCAGUGACAUACCACAAAGCACUGGAGUACAUGAAAAGUUCUUGGAUUGAGCUGCAGCCCACCUCUGACAACCUGACUGUGGCCCUGCGAUGGGGUGAUUACUGCUUUCAGCGGUGCAUCUUUGGAAGAGUAAAUGCAACCGUCUCUGGACUCACAGCCACAUUUCGGAAAAACCUGUCGGACCACAAAGGACACCUCCUGCAGACUUGUUCUGACUGCCUGCUGUGGACAGACACUUUUCGUAACGUGGACAUCACAGGCAGAUACAUCAUGCAGUUUACAAGGACAGGAAAAAUGCAUCCCACAGAUGUAGAACAUUUUAGGAAGCAAGCAAAGUGUCUGAACUUCCCAGAGAACUUUCACAGCUACGACACCACAGCAGAAUUGUGUCCGGACAAAGAAACGAAAAUUUGAGCAGCAAUAAAAGAAAAUGCAGAGUCAAAGAGGCCCAACAACCUCCAUUCAGAAACCCAAAAUAUACAGUUUAAUCUUUGACUCAGUCGCUGUUUUUUAUUAGAGAUCUUCAAACUGAGAGGUGGACUUCCACAAGCAGGUUCAUUCACAGUUUAGUGAAGCUCUCUCCUAACAUAAUUUUUAAAUUAAUUACCUAAAGGUGAUUCAUUUAUGACCUUAAACUAUCAUAGAAACUCUGAUGUUUUGUCAAAAUCCAAGAAUUAACUAAUUUGCCUCUCUGAAGAGAAGUUUUCCACUUGAUGUUUGAAUAUGUUUGUGAAUUAACAAAAAUCACAACAACAUUCAGAAAGUGAGGAAAGAAAAAACAGGCCAGGAGCGUUACUCUUCUGAUGCAGAGCCUAUAAUCUACAACCAAAAAAAAUUAAUGAUUCAAAUAACAUUUUUCUUUGUUUUUACUUACGUAGUUUCUGUACAUAAUUACACAUUGUCAAAAAAAUAAAAAUAAAAUAUGA